AAUUUCAAUUCCUGGAUGGCAGCAGAGCUCUAAUUCCACUUCCACGCCGGAUUUCUAAAACAGGGCUGGUAAAUAAAACAACACCGGAUUGCGGAAACUGACGAGGGCAUACAAUGUGCAAAACAAACUUGUUAAAAGCAGACAGCUAUGCAGUCAGGACUGGUUAAUUCAUUAUCACAUCUAAGAAGAGGACAGCUCCUCCCUAGUGCACACCAGCUCAGGACUGCAUACAGUGUGUGUUUAGGAUCGCUUUAAGUCAUGCAUUUGUUUGCAUUUACAGUGUUUUUCCUCAUGAUGCUCAGAGAUGCUCAAGCGUGGGGUCCCAUCGGUAAAUACGCAGUGAACUGCCCGGAGAAAUGCAACGUUGCUCUGUGCGGCUCGACGCAGCGCUGCAGGCGCACGGUGCUGGAUGACUGCGGAUGCUGCCAGGUCUGCACGGCGGGACGGGGAGAGCACUGCUACCGGACCGUGUCCGGGAUGCACGGCGUCAAGUGCGGACCGGGACUCUUCUGCGACUUUUACAAGGAUGAGGAUGAUUAUGGAGAUGAAUAUGGCAUCUGUAAAGACUGCGUGUAUGGAACUUAUGGUGUGGAAUGCCGGAAUACAUGCAACUGUAAAGCAAGUGGAUUGUGCGAUAGAGAAACGGGCGCUUGCCUUUCCUUUAAAUUCCUGGCCAAAAUGGCCAUGCUUAAAUCUCAGACAAAUGAAGGUAAUGAUCUGGGUUCGGGUGAUAGCAGUAACAGCGAAGCCACCAGUGAUCGGUCCUCAGCUCGUAAUUUUCUCACCCCUCGCUGACAGCAACCCUUACCUUCAGUUUAGACAGUGUACAUGUAGCAUAAUAAAUUAAAGGACCAAACAGAUAUAUUUUAAUAUGUUUAAACAAGUUAAAAGAUGAAGAUUAUAUUAAGUUUUAUGCUGAAUAUUUUACUUGUGUGUAUGCCAGUUAUGUCUUUAUUCCAAAGCAUUUUCUGCUCAUUCACAUGUUACACACACACGCACACAAAAUCAUACAAAUAUCAUAUUGUUAUGACUGAUAUCAUAUGAUAUAUAUCAUAAUGAUAAUGUUCCCAAAUUAAAUGGCUUAUUAUACAGAAAAAAAAAAAAAAAAUGACAUGUCAAAAUUGCAGUCUGAUUAGAGGAACAUUUGCAUUAAGCUACAGAAACACACACACACACAUACACUUUUAAAUUAUGAAUGUAUUACAUUACAACAUGCAGCAGUGUUUAAAUAAUCACAUUUAAUGAAUCUAUGGUUUUGCAUAAUGUUCAGUUCCAAGGCUGAUCGGCAUCAGAAUCAAAGGUCACUGGUUUGACAUCACAUACAGUAUUUGACUUAACAGUGAUGCUUUUAAUAUUGUAUAGAUGGGAGAAGAUGAUUAUAAGUUAUGCACUGUAUAUCAUUUCAAUCUGUGUGGUAUUCUGCUCAGUGAAUCGAUGUUCUUGAAAGAGAUAAUACAAAUUCUCACUGCUGUAUAUAUGGGAUGUAAAUUAAAGCCAUGUUAUU